UUUUCGACAAAGCCUAGCUCUGGCUUCUUCAACCUCGCGAAUUCCAAUUGCGGUGGUGUUGACUCGCACAUAAAAGAAGUCUUUACGACUUCAUCCACAACUGCCUCAGCGACGUCAAUUGAAAUCCCCAGUUUGGGUGUUGUCGUCGCCAUGGCAGCUCGCACUUCCAUCCUCAAGCUUCGCACUCCUACGAGCUCCCUGGUCACUACGGCGAGGCGGUCUCAGUCGACCUCAUCAUCGACCUCAGCCCUUGCAUACAAGGCCCUUCACCGCCGCAUCACCCCCCUCCCAACACAGGAUUCUCCAGCAUGGUCUGCCCAGGCUGCCGUCUCCAACAUCCUCUACGAGACUCCUGCUCCCUCAAAAGCACCUCCAACACGCCACAUCCUCAACUGCCUGGUUCAGAAUGAGCCAGGAGUGCUCUCCCGCGUCUCCGGGAUUCUCGCUGCCCGCGGCUUCAACAUCGACAGUCUUGUCGUGUGUCACACCGAGGUCGAGGACUUGUCCCGCAUGACAAUUGUGCUAUCCGGCCAAGAUGGCGUUGUCGAGCAGGCCCGCCGCCAGCUCGAGGACCUCGUCCCCGUCUGGGCCGUCCUAGAUUACACCCAGGCACCACUUGUGCAACGCGAGCUGCUGCUCGCAAAGAUCAACAUCCUCGGCCCAGAGUACUUUGAGGAGCUGCUCGCGCACCACCGCGAGAUCACGGCAGAAGUUGAUGGCGAGUUCGGAGACCACGGCCUGGAGCACAGCGCGGUAGCCGACUUCCACCCCAGCAAACUCGUGCUCAGCCAGGCGCUGCGAUUGAAGCAUGAGCAUCUCAAGUCCAUCACCUACUUUGUCCACCAGUUCGGCGGCAAGGUGUUGGAUAUCAGCAACACCAACUGUAUUGUCGAGCUCUCCGCGAAACCCACCCGUAUCAACUCAUUCAUGAAGCUCGUCUCCCCUUUCGGCAUCCUCGAGUCUACUCGCACCGGACUCAUGGCGCUCCCGCGCUCCCCGCUCUUCGACGCCCACCAGGACGAUCUAAAGGAGGCGGACGAGAUCGUCGACGCCAGCUCGCUCCCACCAGGAUAAAUGUUUCGCCCCAGAGAAUUGUGAAAAGGAGUCGGCGUCAUUCUUCGUUUGUUCGGCGGUAGCUAGGCAAUGUUAUGGGAAUUGUACGGGAGGUGGGUUGUGUGGUUGUUGGAGCUCUUGUAUUUAGACAAAUUGAAAUCCAACUAAAAAUGGUCGGUAUCAUAGCUCAUUAGGUAUGGGAUAGGCAGCUUGUCUCGGAUUAUAAUGUUCAAUUGAUC